CCUCUUCCUCCCCCUCCUCCUCCUCCUCCCUCCUCCUCGCUGGUGUUAUGUGUCAGCGCUUGGCCGAGGACUUGUUGAACUCGCAGAGAAAGUAAACUCUCUGUCAGAACCCCCCAGUCUCCCUCUCUCGCGACUCCGCAGGACCCCCCCAAUCCCCCUCUCUCAGGACUCUGCCGGGCCCCCCAAAUCCUCCUCUCUCACGACUCUGCCGGGCCCCCCCAAAUCCUCCUCUCUCGCGACUCUGCCGGGCCCCCCAAAUCCUCCUCUCUCACGACUCUGCCGGACCCCCCAAUCCUCCCUCUCGCGACUCUGUAAGACCCUCAAAUCCUCCUCCCUCGCGACUCUGUAGACCCCCCGAUCCCCCUCUCUCGCGACUCUGUAAGACCCCCAAAUCCUCCUGUCUCGCGACUCUGUAGAACCCCCCAAUCCCCCUCUCUUGCGACUCUGCCGGACCCCCAAAUCCUCCUCUCUCACGACUCUGUAGGGCCCCCCCCCAAUCCUCCUCUCUCACGACUCUGCCGGACCCCCAAUCCCCCUCUCUCGCGACUCUGUAAGACCCCCAAAUCCUCCUCUCUCACGACUCUGCAGGGCCCCCCAAAUCCUCCUCUCUCACGACUCCGCAGGACCCCCCAUCCCCCUCUCUCGCGACUCUGCCGACCCCCAUCUCCCCAAAGGACCCGUCCUCACCCCACCGUCUCCAGCCCGAGGCGCCCACCACCACCACCGACCGGCCGUCGCACGGGGAGCAGGAACGGAUAUAAAAAAACAUACAUAAAAAAAUCCCACCUCCGGUCUCCUCCGCCAGAGAUUUUUCCAUGUGGAGCUUGUUUCAAUGGACGUGCCCCCGUGUGCUUCUUAGGCAAUCGGCAGUUUCCUAAAGGUUGACCAUGGUUGCCGGGAUCCGCUCUCUUCUAGCGCUGCUGCUUUACCAGGUCCUGCUGGGCGGCUCGGCCGGCCUCAUCCCCGAGGUGGGCCGGCGGAAAUUCACCGAGUCGGGCCGCUCCACGCCACAGCAGUCGGAAGACAUCCUGAGUGAGUUUGAGCUGCGACUGCUCAACAUGUUUGGGCUGAAGCGGAGACCCAAUCCCAGCAAGGGUGCCGUCAUCCCGCCUUACAUGCUGGACCUGUAUCACUUGCACUCGGGCCAGCUGGAGGAGCCCGCCAUGGACUACCGGCUGGAGAGAGCGGCCAGCCGAGCUAACACUGUCAGGAGCUUCCAUCACGAAGAAUCUCUGGAAGAGCUGCCCGAAGCAAGUGGGACAACAGCCCGCCGUUUCUUCUUUAAUUUAACUUCCGUCCCUAAUGAGGAGUUUAUCACCUCAGCUGAACUUCAGGUUUUUCGGGAGCAGGUACGGGAAGCCUUGGACAACAACAGCGGUUACCAUCACCGUAUUAAUAUUUAUGAGAUUAUCAAACCAGCCACCGCCAUCUCUAAGGACCCUGUCACCCGGCUGUUGGACACCAGGUUGGUGAAUCACAAUGCAAGUAAAUGGGAAAGCUUUGAUGUGACCCCAGCUGUAACGAGGUGGAUUGCACAAGGACAGCCCAACCACGGCUUUGUGGUCGAAGUGGUUCACUUGGAAGAUGAGAGAGGUGUCUCCAAGAGGCAUGUGAGGAUCAGUCGGUCUUUGCAUCAAGACGAACAGAGCUGGCCUCAAAUAAGGCCCUUAUUAGUAACUUUCGGCCACGACGGCAAGGGACACCCUCUCCACAAGCGAGAGAAGCGUCAGGCGAAACACAAGCAGAGGAAACGCCUCAAAUCGAGUUGCAAAAGACAUCCUUUGUACGUGGACUUCAGUGAUGUGGGGUGGAAUGACUGGAUUGUUGCUCCUCCAGGGUAUCACGCCUUUUAUUGCCAUGGAGAAUGUCCCUUUCCACUGGCGGAUCACCUGAACUCAACAAAUCAUGCCAUCGUUCAGACUUUGGUCAAUUCGGUAAAUUCCAAAAUCCCCAAAGCGUGCUGCGUGCCCACGGAACUCAGCGCCAUCUCCAUGCUUUAUCUUGAUGAGAACGAGAAAGUUGUCUUAAAGAACUAUCAAGACAUGGUUGUGGAGGGCUGCGGAUGCCGUUAGCACAGCAAAUAAAGAUAUAUAUUAGACAAAAGCAAAAAAAAAAAAGUUGACACUUUAAUAUUUCCCAAUGAAGACUUUAUUUAUGUAAUGAAAUGGAAAAAAAAACACAGCUAUUUUGAAAAUAUAUUUAUGUCUACAAAAAGAAGUUGGGAAAACAAAUAUUUUAAUCAGAGAAUUAUUCCUUAAAGAUUUUAAAUGUAUUUUAGUUGUACAUUUUAUAUGGGUUUAACCCCAGCACAUGAAGUAUAAUGGUCAGAUUCUUAUUUUGUAUUUAUUUACUAUUAUAACCACUUUUUAGAAGAAUAGCUAAUUUGUAUUUAUAUAUAAUCAAAAGAAAUAUAGGGUUUGUACAUAAUUUUCCAAAAUUGUAGCUGUUUCAGUUGUGUGUAUUUAAGUUGAAAAGUAUACAUGGAAGGUUACUAUGGCAAAGUGCAUAGCACGUUUGCUUUUUGCAGUGCUACUGUUAAGGUCACAAGUUCAAGUCCAGAAAAAAAAGUGGAUAAUCCACUCUGCUGACUUUCAAGAUUAUUAUAUUGUACAAUUCUCAGGAAUGCUGCAGGGUGGGCUGUCCAAUCCAUGAGAACUGGCAUCCUUGUUAGGUGGAAUAUUUGGAUAAGAACCAGACAUUGCUGAUCUAAUAUAAAUACUGCUAUUCCCAACUAAUUCGCAGAAUGAAUACAGCAGGGCCAAUAGAAAUCUUUAUGAAAAUGUUCAUUGAACCUGGUUUGGACCCACAGGAAAGUGAAUGAUGGCUUGUUGUUCCUCUUUCCUUAAAUAGUGCUCCCUUUAAAUCGCUGUCCUGGCCAAAGUAUGAAAUAAAAUGUAAGAUUUCUUUAUCAUUGAUAUCGUGGUUAUGUAUGUGUAAAACUGAUUUCUACUGGCCCUUGUCUUAACAGCUGGGAAUAAGACUUUUUUUUUUUUACCUCAAAUGGGAGCUCAUUUUGCUGUGAUGGGCACCAUCUUCAAAAUUUCACCCUAAACACAGCAAAAUCUUGCUGUCUACAGUUUCUGUCUACCCCGCUGCUGGUUUUGCUGUCUGUCAGAUUAGCUUGCUUUUCGUUCAAAGAUUUUGUGUUUGAAAGCAUUCUCCAACUGUUAAACCUAUUUCAGAUAAUAAAUAAUGGAGCUCUGA